AUGGUGGCCCACUCAGCAGGAGUGCAGGAGCUUCCGGCCCGGGUGAACUACACAGCAGCCCCAGCCCCUGCACCCGCGGUGCCCACAGCCCUGCACUCCAAGAUGGAUGAGCUGGAGGGCCAGCUGCUGGCCAAGGUGCUGGCACUGGAGAAGGAGCGUGUGGCCCUCAGUCACAGCAGCCAGCAGCAGCGGCAGGAGGUGGAGAAGGAGCUGGAUGCCCUGCAGGACCGUGUAGCUGAACUGGAGCACGGGUCUUCGGCAUACAGUCCCCCAGAUGCCUUCAAGGUCAGCAUCCCCAUCCGCAACAACUACAUGUACGCCCGCGUGCGGAAGGCGCUGCCUGAGCUCUACGCCUUCACGGUCUGCAUGUGGCUGCGAUCCAAGUCGGGAGGCACUGGCCAGGGCACCCCUUUCUCCUACUCGGUGCCUGGGCAGGCCAAUGAGAUUGUGUUGCUGGAGGCCGGCCAUGACCCCAUGGAGCUGCUGAUCAAUGACAAGGUGGCCCAGCUGCCCCUGAGCCUGAAGGACAAUGGCUGGCACCAUAUCUGCAUUGCCUGGACCACAAGGGAUGGCCUGUGGUUUGCCUACCAGGACGGGGAGCUGCAAGGCUCUGGUGAGAACCUGGCCGCCUGGCACCCCAUCAAGCCUCAUGGGAUCCUUAUCCUGGGUCAGGAGCAGGAUACCCUUGGUGGCCGGUUUGAUGCCACCCAGGCCUUCGUGGGUGACAUUGCCCAGUUUAACCUGUGGGACCACACCCUGACACCUGCCCAGGUCCUGGGUAUUGCCAACUGUACAGGGCCGCUGCUGGGCAACAUCCUCCCCUGGGAAGACAAGCUAGUGGAGGCCUUUGGGGGUGCCACGAAGGCCACCUUCGAUAUCUGCAAGGGGAGGGCCAAAGCAUGAAGGGCCACCUCAUCCAGGACCCCUCCCUUGCCUGCCAAUUUGGGGACCUUCUGGGGCAGAGGCACCUUCCCUCCUCAGCCUACCCACACACUGGCCUCCUUUCCUGCCCCACUCCUGGCCAUGCCUCCUGUUUCCCCCACCUGUACCUAUACCUCCAGGAUGCCCUGCCCUGUGAUGGCUGUCCCCUGAUGCCACUUGGAUGGGGACAAGCAGCUUAAGUCAACAGGUCAAGCCUGGGGUGAGUCCAGGUCCUGGCAGGGGGUGUCCACAGUUCUUCCCACCCUGCUGGCAUUACAGUGGAGCCUUCUCUUACCCCCUUCCUACCCCACAACUGAUUCCACUGAUCUCAGCAGCACUCCACCAUGAGUGUACGUAUGGGGGAGGGAGAGGGGCCCACCCAGUGGUAAGGAUGGUUAUCUGCUCCCCCUGUCCCCCAUGCAGCAGGCUUGGCCCCUUCCCCUUCAGGGUCAUAACAGGCUGUGGAGCUGCCCCCCAGCUGGGAGGGAACGACAGAACCACAGGGGACUCGGACUCACCCCUCCUCCCUUCUUUCUACCAGCUGCCAGUCAAGGGAUCUUGAUGGAACCUCUUCCCCCACCCCGACCUGCACCCUCUCUCUUCCUCCUCUUUCCUUGUUUCUGUGUGUGCAGUGGUUUGAAUGUUGGAUCCAUGCCUGGCCCAGCCUCACCUCAAUUUCCAGGACAUUCCCUUCCCAGCUCCAGCCUGGAGGGUUAGGGACCAAGAUCCUGGAAGGCCAAAGGGCCAUAGUCACCCCUUGUGCCCACCCACAGCUGUGCCCCUGGCACAGUCACCUCUCCCCCUCUGGGACCAGGACAAGGCCUGGGCCACUUCAUCCUGGGAUGGGAACAGCAUGAGGCAGAGACACAGUGCCCCAGGGAACCCAGGCUCUGGGAGAGCCACAAUACCUACCCACUCUGCAUGGCCCUGCAGCCUUUAGGGAGGAAGGAAGAAGCUAAGAGCGCAGGGAGGCACAUGGAGUGGUUUGCAGAGCAUUGGAUGAGGAGGAGCCGUCGGUUCCUAGUCAGCCCUACCACUAAGUUGUUACGCGGUCUUCUGUAAGACCCUGCCCUCCCUCGGCUGGCCUUCCUCAUUUGUGAGCUGAGGCCUUUGUUUUGGACAUUGCUGAUGAGAGCUCUCUAGAUUAAAAGUAAGAUGAUCUGUGAUUCAGGUAGAUAGGGUGGGGCAAGCCUGAGAAUCUGCGCAGGGACCAAGGGGCAUAGCAAGGGCAGGUCCUGGGACUGGGCAGCAUAUGGGAUCUGGCUAGACAUAGCUCAGGGUCAGAAGCUGGCUCCAAAGAGUCAGGGGCAAGGGCAAGGGCAAGGGGCAAGGCAGAACCUUAUGUGCAGAUUGUAAAAUUCAGCCCCCUCUGGAUCCUCCCAGCCUGGCACCUUGCCUAUCUGAAACUAUCUCAAAGGGCUGGUGGCUUCCUGGUCCCUAUGCUUGAGUCCUUACCAGCUCCCCCAAGAGAGAGAGAGAAAUAUCAGAGCUGAAAAAAAGCCAGCCAGUCUGACCUCUUGCUUGUACAGAUGGAAAAGAGCUCAGAGAAGGCAAGUGACUUACACAGGACCACACAGCACAAUGGAGCAGAGCCAGGACUAGGACCCAGUGCUCUUUCCCCGACACCAUACUGCCUGCCCGUGAGAGUCUUUGAGUUCAGCCUACACUUAAGAGGAUGGACAUUUGAGAAAUCAGAAUGCUUUCUAACAUGACCACUGGACCACCUUCCUUUAUGAAACACACAAACAUCUUGGCAUUCCCAUCCUCCACCCCCAGAAAGUAGGGGAAGGAGAGAUGUGAUCCCUGGGCACUCUGGCAGGAACGGAGAGCUGAGAACUCAGGUGCCUCUCCACCUGGCGGUCAUCGACCAAGUGUCUGGGAAGCUGUUGGCUACCUGAGUCAGAUGGGCACUGGUGCCACUUGCCUCCCUCUUUGGUUCCCUGUCUCUGCUCCCACAUCCACUUAGCCUGAGGCAUGAUGCAAGAGCUAUAGGCAGUGGGGCCCAGGGCCAUGGAGCCUUUCCAGGACUUGUUGCUUCCAGCCCCCAGAUCCUUGUUUCCAUUUCAAGAGCACAAAUAGACCAUUCAGCACCUCUAGCCCAACUCCCCCUAGAAGAGGGAGUAAUGGUGUACUUCAGCCAGAACCUGCCGAGAUCUACGUUGCCCCGGUAACAGCCAAUGACAUCAGCCCCAGUGCUGGGUCAAGCGUCUCAUAAUGACAUACACUGUUGCUGGGGUGAUGGCAGAAUUUGGAACUUAGAUUUUGGGGACACUGGGCUUUAUUGGGUUUCUGUUAUUGUUUUUAAGGAAGCAGCUUUUGUGGAGACCUGGGGAAAAGCAAGGGUUUUAGGAAAGAGGAGGGGACUUAUUUAAUGACUUGAGCCCACCCAGAUUCACCAUCCCAAGUCCUUUAUGCUUCGUCAUGGUAAUGAGACAUCUGACCUGCGCUGAGUCACCCUGGUCAGCCCUCCAGAGGAAACAGACAAAUUAGAGCCAUUCCGAUGUAGGUUCUGAGUCUGGGCCAUUGGUGAAUUGCCUGGGUCCCCAUUUCCAUUCCAGAAAGAUGAAUGCUCCAAAGUCCCCACCCCUCCUUUAUUUACUGAUCAUCCUUCUUACCUUUGCUGAAUGCCUGCUCUUUGGACUCCAGCUUUGACCUUUAGCUGCUCCGAGGCACAGCCAAGAAGACGGAGGGGAAAUGGUGUUCAUUGCGUCCUCAAGCGUCUCCUGGCUAAAAACAAGGCUGGAGCCCUGUAUGUUAAAUCCUUUUUAAGUGUCAGGCACCAUGCUCAGCACCUUACAGGCAUCGUCUCAUUUAUUCUCACAACAGGUCUAAGCUAGGACUUAGCCCCAUUAUACAGGUGAAGAAACUGGGGCCCAGAGAGAUUAAGUAACUUGCUCAUGUCAAUCAGCCAGCAAGUGACAGAGCCAGGGCAGGUAUCAUCCAGGGCCCGCCCUUCAGCCAGAGGGGACAGGCACUGUGUCACUCUCUGUGGAGUGAGGUUUGGUCAUCAAUUGCUCCUGGCCAUGUUCACCACUUGAGCGGAAUGGAGGUGUGGGAUGGGCUGGCCCCAGGACCUUGGGUGAGGCUGUGGUAGGGUUCUUGGCCCCUUCAGGGAACACAUCCCUGUGCAGUGUGCCCCACCUGAGCCCUUCUCUCACCGGCUGGAAUUUCCAGGAGAGCUAAAGGGGAAGGCAAGCUGGAUGUCUCCCAAGAGUGCCAGGCUGUGAAAGGGAGGAAGCUGAUAUUUCUCAGACCCCUGCUUUGGGCCAAGCCCUGCACCAGGUGCUUCACAGCUCUUAUCUGCCAGAUUUUCCCACCUUGUGGCACAUUGUGCCCCCAGUCAACAUCCCAAGGGGACAGAUCACCUUGCCACAAUUGUGCAUGACCUAGGACCACAGAUUUGGGCAGGAAAGUCUCCGAAGCCCUUGUUUUACAGAUGAGGACGUCAGUGCCCAGGGUAGGUGAGCAGCCUUCAAGGUCACCCAACCCGCACACUGGGAGACCUGAACCCAGCUUUCUGACUCUGUAUUCAGUGCUCUCUCCAUGACACAGUGACCCCACUCCCCCCAAAACUGUGUCCCCCCUUUUCCAUGUUUCCCAGCACCCUUGCCCUGAGCAAACUGGGGAAGGGACCCCCUCCCAGAGGUGGAAUCAUUCUCUUCACCCCCUUUGUCUCAGCUGCCUGCCACUCCAAGCCCCAUAUCCCCUAGACCCCUGACCCUCCUGGGUUGGGAAGGGCUCACGUGGGCCCAGGCUGAACAGUGAGUGAGCAUGUCAAGCUGUUGGACACUGUGAAAUUAGUGCAUCGUACUGGCAACCCGCCCCCCUCCCCAGCUCCUCGCUUGAUUUUGUACAUAAA